AUCUGAAUUUCGAAAGAUUUGAAGAAUGCGUCGAUCAUCAACAAAGAUCAUCGUAAUUUUAAUUUUUCCGCAAAGGCUAGUGAAGGACAUCGAAGUGAGAGUAAGUUGUGUAGAUAGAAAGAAGAGGAAAAAGAUGAGCAAUGAGAGAAGAGAAAGAAAGGUAAGAGCGCGUGUUACCUCCGAUCAAUCUUGAUUCUAGACAGUUAUCCAUCGAUGAAAACGUGGCGAAAGUGGGGAAGAAACACUGGAUGUAGUGGGGCCAAUGGGGUAUACCCCCGUGGUGAGUUGCUGAAGAGCAGCAGUGUUUCGCGACGGAGGCACCAUUUCGAAAGGGGACCAAAAAAUAUAGAUUAAAAUCUCUCAGUGACGGUAGUGAUUCGAGUAUUCUUCACUGGAUUUCGUGAUUCGCAACGAUUGAACAGAGAGCUGAGAACCGAGGGUAGAAAUGAUGAGAGCAUCCCUUGUAACGAUAUUGGCCGUGGUGGCUGUAACACAUGGUGCCUUCAAUUGUCCAAUUAAAGAUGGUCAGUACGAGGAUUCAAAGCAAUGCGACAAAUACUAUGAAUGUUCAGACGGCAUAGCGACGGAGAAACUUUGCCCAGAUGGGCUUGUUUUUGAUCCUCUGAACCGUAAAGUGAACAAAUGCGACCAUGUCUUCAACGUCGACUGUGGGGACCGUCUUGAACUACAACCGCCUCAGCCAACCAAGAAGUGUCCACGACGGAACGGUUUCUUUGCCCACCCAGAUCCAUCCGUCUGUAACAUUUUUUACAAUUGCAUCGAUGGCGAGGCUAUUGAAAUCACUUGCACUACUGGAUUGCAUUUCGAUGAAUAUAGUGGCACUUGUGUGUGGCCUGAUAGCGCUGGCCGACAAGGAUGCGGAAUAGUGGGCAAGAAAUUGAAAGAUGGCUUCGAAUGUCCGAAAGAAAGUCAAGUCGACACUAGAGGAAUGGUUGUCGAUCAUCCUAAAUUUGCUCAUCCAGAUGACUGUCAAAAAUUCUAUGUUUGUCUGAAUGGUGUAACACCACGUGAACAAGGUUGUAGCGAUGGUACUGUUUAUAACGAGGAACAACAAAGAUGUGACGCGCCUGAAAACGUUCCCGGAUGCGAGGAUUGGUACAAGGACGAUGACAAGAAACCAUGAACCACCUUCUAAAUUUAUAUGUCCCGCAUCGGGAUUUUAAUAUCAUCCUGAAAUCACAUCAUUCUUGUUUCGUGUGUAACCAUGUGUGUGUUUAGAAUGUUCAUAAAUAAUAAAUUCUAUUUUACCUUAUUCCAUCGUGAUUCCCCUCUUCACAUCCAGAGUUUUGAAUAAACCUUAAAUGAAAUAU